AUGUCCACGAGCGUACGGACUCGACAAGUGCAAGAUGUGGCCUCUGAUCAGAAGCAGAUCACCCAGCAGCAGAGUCUUCAGGCUUGUAAGACGCUUCUCUCGACCGGCAUCGGCUGUAUCGCCUACCUUCGCGGUCUUUUCCCAGAGAACGGCUUCGUCGAGCGCAAGAUCUCUUCGUCUGCUCCCGCCACGGCUGAUCAGAGCAAGUCGACAAGGAGACCAGGCACGAGCGGCGUCAGGGUCAAGCAGCUCCUUCGCAAUCGAUCCCAAGAGGCAGACAGACUGCUCGACUACCUCGAGCAAGGCGUGUACGAUGCUCUGGAGCGCUCCUUCCUCCGCAGUCUCCUGUUUGCUGUCUUCCUCGAUCCAGAAGAUCAGCAGAACCUGGUAGAGUGCUAUACAUUCAACUUCAGCUACGCCAGCCCGGCAGAUGGACCUCAGAUGAGUAUCACCCGCACCGGUCUCACCGGUGAAGGCUUCACCUUCGAGCCAGAGACGCAAGGCAACGUCAAGAAGCAAGUCCAAUCUCUCAUCCGUCGCCUCGUUGCGAUGACCCAAUCGCUGUCCGAGCUCCCCCGACGUCGCUUCAUCACCAUGAAGCUGUACUACACCCCGACCUGUCCGGCAGACUACCAGCCGCCGUUCUUCAAAGAGGCCCAAGUCGACGCAGAUCGAUUCUACUUUGGCACGCGCUCCGCCCGCGAGGAACCCGAGCGUACCAGCCUAGGCCGACUCGAGACUGGCUUCCACGGUGUCUCUGUCAAUGUGUGUUCGGUCGCAUCUCACCUGCCAGAACACGUUUCGCCCACUGUUGCUCGGCAAGCACGCACCGACGAUCGCGAGACAGAGAUAGUCCGCAAUCGCGCAUUUGCACAAGCACGCAAAGUCGUCUGGGAUGCCGAGACGGCCUGUCUUCGCACGGAGGCUCAGGAAGAUGCAGAAGCCGUGGCGAAGCUCGCUCAGUCCACUGCCGGCAUGACCACAGACGAUGUCGACGUACCUGCUCGCGCUGAAAAGGACACGAUUUGGGGUCGACCAUUGGGUCGAUGGGAUGCUCGUGGUAACAUUGUGCCUAUUCCAGUCGGCUCAGAUGGCCUCGAAGAUGGCGAGAUCGACGAGGCCGCAGACAAUGCGCGGAUCCUGCAAGCUGCUUAUCCACCUGGCCGACCAGCGACGCUCUCUCAACUCGAGCCCACUCAGCGUGUUGAGCCCCAAAAGGGCAUCUACUUCACUCCGCCGCCAAAGUCUUUGCGAUCACGCACAGCAAUGGUAGAGCGCCACGUCUCACCCACCCACCCAUCUUCAGAAGCUGCAUUACCCGCGAGUAGAUCAGACCCAGAUGCGACGAUGGUUGACGUCGAUGAACUUGCCGCAAAGGACAAGCUGAUUGAUUUGGAAGCCACUCAAGAAGAGCCCGAGCCGGCCGAACAGGUUCGCCCAGCACGUCCUUGCGACUGUGGAGAUGCCAGAGAUGAUGGCACGCCCAUGAUCUGCUGCGACGGCUGUUCGCUCUGGGUUCAUGCUGCCUGUUACGGGCACUUUCAAUUCGAUGCAAAGAAGGUUCCACACAGCUUCUUCUGCUUUCAAUGCUCGUACACGCGUCUGCUCGACGGGCGGUUCCUGCCCAUCAUCGCCGAGGGUCAAAUCGAGUCUCAUCUAGAGAACCUUCGCUCACUCGCUCUGUUUCGUCGCGCCCUGGUCGUCGCGUACCACAGGGACUCGACGCCCAAUGCCAUCGAACUCAAGCAAAAGCUAUGCAUGUCUGUCGAUCUAUCUACAGCAGCACAGAUGCUCCGUCGGAUGCAAGCGGAAGGCUACGUCAAUGCGACCGUAGACGAGCGCUCCGGGGCUGCAGUCGACAUUCUCGACGGCAGCAAGUCGCGUGGCAAGGCACAGCCUAAGCUUGGCACUCGUCUGGCGGUCAAUCGUUCGAUGGAAGCACGAAGACGACGUAAUCGCAUCUACUUUACGCCAGGAGGCGGCAACGAGGUCGACUCGUUCAAUGCUAUCUGUGCAAUCAUUAGCAAACACUUCCCCGAUCAGACUCCAGCUGCUGCCUGCGCGCACGUUGCACCAAUAGAAGAAGAGCAUCAUCAACACAUGCCAGAGGCACACUUGAUCAACAAACCGUUUAAACAGCACAAACGAAGUCGUUCGGAUGCUAUCGAGUCAACAGGUCCUGGGAAAAGGGCCAAAGUGUCUCUGUCUGCAGGCACGAUCGAAGUAGCAGAGACUUACGAAGACACCAUCUAG